AAAAGGAAGAGCUCUCAUAAGAGUUCCAGGGGAGGCAAGAAGAGGAAGAUUAGCUUAUCAGACAGGGAGGGGGAAACCAUCGAAGAAGCCUUCCUAUCCCUGGCCAAAAAACUCAGCAAGGCCGGGGUCAUUUCAGAGGAGAUUGGCCAAACAUUAAAGGAGAAAGACCAGGUCUCCCAACUCACCCUCCUCCUUGAUUCUGCUAAGUUAGAGAUCAAUGACCAGGCAGAAAGGGAGAGGAGACUUGAGGAAGAGUUGAAGGAAGAAAGGGCCCGGUUUGCUCUUCUGGAGGAGGAAAAGAAGAGAAAGAUCGCCGAGCUCGAGGAUGCGCUGGGCCAGGCUGAAGAAUCUGCCCGGGCAAAGGAGGAGGCCUUUCCUUCUAAAGCUGCUGACUGGGCUGCGCGCCAUCACACGGAGGUUGCCCGGUCCCUUCUCACUACCCCGGAGGAAACCAUGGACUUUUUCAAAGUCAUGUAUCAAGAGCCGGAGGGGAAGAGGAUGAUAACGGAGAUAGGGUCUUAUGGAUUCCAGUGUGGUCAGAAAGAUGAGAGGUCUCUUCUUUAUGCUAGACUUCUGAAGAGGGAUCCUUCCUUUGACCCGGCCAAAAUGAAGCUUCCAGCCCUCUACGAGGAAGAGCCGGCUCCCCCCUUUCCCCUAGAGUAGGUUAGGGUUUGAAUUCAAAAACUUUAAAUUUUCCCAAGGCCUGGAGGAUGUCCGGCCUACUUCUGACUUGUGUAAUAUUAUCUUUUGUUUGGCAUGGUUUCCAAUUUACCGGCUUGUUUCUUCUUUCAGUUUGCAUGGUUGAACUCCUUUUCUAUGCACGGUUAUUGCUUUUCUUUUCUUUGUGUUGAUUGCCUUUGAAUGAACUUCCAAGUCAAUAAAACUAACCGGCCUUAUACCUUAGGAAUCGUU